CAGAUUGAAACAAGCAUCUCGGAGUUGGUACAUAUGCUUCGACGAAACCAUUUCCAGUUUUGGUUUAGAGAAGAACUCUGACGAAUCUUGUGUACACAAGAAGUGGUUUCUAUAAAAAUUCCCCUUCAAUCUCCUUCACGGCGGAGGAGGAAAGGAUGCUGGCCAGGAAUUUCUCAAAGGCGCUAGUUGGAAGAUGCAGUAGCCAUAUCCACCUAUCCGAGGUUGAAAAUUUUUUGAUCAAGGGUAAGUUCAAGGAAUUCAAACUUCGCCGCCUACAAUCCAAGGAACUACUCUUCAUCUUUAAACACGAAGAUGACUACCUUCGUUGGUUCUCACGUAUGAGAUGGAACAUCAGAGGAAGCAUCAUCACUAUAUGCAAGUGGACGCCGGAGCAUGAACCCACAGCGGACUCACCUCUCUUCCCUAUCUGGGUUGAGCUGAGGAACUUCCCCAUCCACCUCAAUGAUCACAAAACAAUCUUUUCGAUAGCUUCUGUCCUUGGAAAACCAAUCAAACUGGACUCCAAAUCUGUUAUUGGUGUUACACCUGACAUCAUUAGGGUUUGUGUGGAGAGAGACAUGUCCAUCCCCUUCCCUCCUCAUAUUCAUCUCAGGCUUGGAGCUAAAGAUCUCUGGUUACCAUGCAAAUUUGAAAAUCCUCCCCAUUAUUGCACAUUUUGCAGCAGAUUUGGCCACAACAUUCAGGCCUGCCGGAAAAAGAUGCCGGAGAACCUCCCUGGAAAUGCUCCGACCAAGGAGGUGGGCCACAUUGGAGCAGACGCUCUCAAGAAUAUACAACAUGAUUGGAAAAUGGUCUCUAGCAAACGACACAGCAAGUCUGGGAAAACAGCACUGAUGGGUCCCUCCUCAAACCAUUAUGGGGUGCUUGGGCCUUUCAGAUAUAAACCAAUACAACAACAACGUCAGGACAAAAGGAACCAGGGUAAAGGACCAGAGAGCAUCUCCGGGCUUACAAACACUCAUGUCCAAUUAGGUGAACCCUCCAAAUCCUCAAAACAUGUUGGUUGGGAAGACCUCAUGCCUACGGUGGAAGAUGUUACUGAAGAAAAUAUAUCUUGCUCCCCACUCAUUCCAAGUAAGUCCCAUUCCCGCAAGUCUAUCCUGCAACAAGCCCAGGCAGAUUUACCCUAUGACCUCUCUUUCCUCCAAGUUCACAAACCCCAUUAUUGCAUGGACAUUAUCCCUUAUAACCCCUUCCAGGAGGACUCUUAUCCACUUGGAGUUUUUCCCCAAACAGUUGAACUACCCAAGCUAGGCAGCAAAGAUGACUGUUGGAUCAAUGAUCAACUUCAAACAAAUUGGGAAACCAAAUCAAACAGCAGCUCCCUUUUGGAGGAACCUGUUCCCUACCUUUGCCACUCUGAUGGAGGGAAUGAUGAUAAACCUUUCAUCACCUCAGCCCCUAUCCCCUUUGAAUUGGAUGUUGAUUUCCCUCAGGUUACCAGCUGCCUCUUCACUCUCCAGAUGGACAACUCCCCUAUUCUUAUUUCUGGGGUCUAUGGUGCCCAUACGGUCUUGGCCAGGAAGGAUCUCUGGGAUCAACUUACUGCUAUGUGUCCCUCCAACAAACGUUGGAUUGUUGGAGGUGAUUUUAAUGCCAUUACAUCCCCCCAUGAGUCCAAAGGUACCUGCCCUCCGAACCAACCAAGUAUGGAGGACUUCAACUCCUGCAUUCUCAACUGCAAACUCAUCAAUCUUGACCCUAUUGGAAGUACUUUCACAUGGUCAGGAGUACGUUCCCAAGGCAGGACCUGGCGUAGACUUGACAAAGUCUUGAUUCACCUUGAUUUACUUGCCUUCUUUCAAGAUGUGGAGCUUCAUCACCUUGCAAAAACCAACUCUGACCAUAAACCCAUUCUCCUCCACUGCAAUGAUCAGAUUCCCAAUACUAUCAAGCCUUUCAGAUUUCUAAAUAACUGGACCCUUCAUGAGAACUUCCUCAAUACUGUGAAACUAGCUUGGGCAAAUUCCCCCACCAUUGGAGGCAUGAGAGGCCUCCUUCAUAAACUGAAAGCUGUGAAGCAAGCUUUGAAGAAAUGGAAUACUGAAACCUUUGGAAACAUUCAUUCUAGACUUAGAGAAGCUGAAGCUAGGGCCACCCAAAGCCAAAAAGCUUUUGAGGAUGUUCCAAAUGAGGCAAACAGAACUGCUGCUCAAAGGGACAAUGCUGCUCUUAUUCUAGCCACUAACAUGGAGGUGGAAUAUUGGAGGCAAAAAGCACAAAUCAGAUGGUUGGAUAAGGGGGAUUCAAAUACCAAGCUCUUCCAAGCUUUUGCUAAAGGGAAAAGAAAAAAGCUUCAAAUAUCACACAUCAUUGAUGGUAAUGGUAAGGGGCUUAAUAACAUGGAGGAGAUCAAGCAAGAGGCCAUCAAACACUUCCAAAACCAAUUUCAAGCUCCAGCACCUCACAUCCCUGAUCUGGAAAAUAUUCUAACCUUUAUCCCCUCCCUCAUCUCCUCUGAGGACAACAUGAUGCUCACUGCUAUUCCCGAUUUGGCUGAAGUUAAAGCCACUGUUUGGGACCUUGAUCCUGAUAGCACCAGUGGCCCUGAUGGCUUCAAUGGUACCUUCUUUAGGGCUUGCUGGAAUAUAAUCUAUCAGGAUGUUCUCACAGCCUCUCAAGAAUUCUUCCUCAGCCUCCCAAUUCCCAAAGGUUAUGGCAGUACCCUCAUCACCUUGAUACCUAAGAAAGAUGAUCCUAAACGGUUUGAUGAUUUUAGACUCAUCUCCCUCUCAACAUUUCUCAGCAAAAUCAAUACUAAACUCCUUGCCAACAGAAUUAAAAAGUUGCUUCCCAAACUCAUCUCACCAGAACAAGGGGCUUUCCAAAAAGGUAAAACCAUUGAUGACCAUAUCCUCCUUGCCCAAGAAGCCAUCCAUGGACUUGAUAGAAAAGUUUUUGGGGGUAACCUUAUAAUCAAAAUCGACAUGGCAAAAGCUUUUGACUGUAUGAACUGGAGCUUUCUUGAGGGCACACUUAGAGCAUUUGGUUUCACACAUGAUGCCAUCAACCUUCUUAUGGCAAAUCUGAGAAGCACUUUCAUUAGUAUCCUCAUCAAUGGAGAGCCUCAUGGUUUCUUUUCCAUGACCAGAGGAGUGAAACAAGGCGAUCCACUGUCACCACUUCUGUUCAUAGUAGGGUUUGAAGCCUUCUUCAGAUUUCUAAACCACUCAAUGGAUAACAAUACUAUCAAGCGCUUCAACAUGGGCAGUGUCAAGAUGCCAAGUCAUCUAAUCUAUGCAGAUGACUUGAUGAUCUUUACUAAAGGGGACAUCCUCAACCUCCUUAAACUUAACCAUAUUCUUAAAGUUUUUAUGCAGGCAUCAGGGCAGCAGAUUAAUUUUUCAAAGAGCAGAUUCUACACUCCAAAAUCCACCACUGCGGAUCAACAUGCCAAAAUGGAAAAAGCACUGUCCAUGAAGUGUGGAAGUCUCCCCUUCACCUACUUGGGAGCUAUCCUUCGAAGGGGUAUUCUCAAAAAAGAAGAUUGUGACUCAAUUUUGAACCACAUCUACAAACAUCUCUACUCCUGGUAUAGUAGAACCCUCAAUCAAAUGGGAAGAUUAAUCCUCAUAAAACAUGUCCUCUCAUCCAUCCCACUCCACCUCAUUGCUGUCCAUUCCCUCCCAAGAUCCAUCAUCAAAACUAUCCAUUCCCUAAUGGCAAACUUUCUUUGGGGUCAAAAAAAUGGCAAGGCGAAAUACCACUGGAGGAACUGGAACUUCAUAUGCCAAAACCAGAACGCAGGUGGUCUUGGUAUCAGGGACCUGCUUCACAUUGAAAAGGCAUAUUCCAUCAAACUGUGGUGGAAAGCUCAACAUGAUCAAAGUCUUUGGGCUAAGCUAGUUAGAGCAAAAUACAUGAAGAAUGGUUGCAUCAAAGAACGUCUCCCAGAUUCCCCAACUUGGAAACGAAUAUGUAGGAUACACUCUCUUGGCGCUCCUCACAUGCAAUGGAAUAAUGGACAAGCUAUUUGGGAUAAUGGCCAAUUCUCUCUCAAGCAAGCUUUUAGAGCCACUGGAGAAGAACUUCCUGCACUCCUCUCAACCAAAUUCAUUUGGCACAAAGCGCAAAUCCCAAAGCUUCGCUUUUUCCAAUGGAAGAUCUUCAAUAACUGCCUUCCUUUCCCUACAAACCUUAGAAGACCCAGUGUGAGACAUCAUCACAUUUCAUUCGGCAGCAGCAGCUCCGCAUCCAUCACAGCCGCCCGCUUCGUUCAGGUGAGAAGAGUUGAGAUGAGCAGGGGGAGCACCGGCGUCGUCAAGGGAGGGAAGAAGAAGGGGGUGACGUUCAUCAUCGACUGCUCCAAGCCGGUGGAAGACAAAAUCAUGGACAUUGCUUCGCUGGAGAAAUUUCUCCAGGAGCGCAUCAAAGUCGGCGGAAAGCCCGGAGCCCUCGGCGACUCCGUUACCGUCACCCGUGAGAAGACCAAGAUCACCGUCACUUCCGACUCCAAUUUCUCCAAGAGGUAUUUGAAAUACUUGACCAAGAAGUACCUAAAGAAGAACAGUGUUCGUGACUGGCUCCGUGUGAUUUCUUCGAACAAGGAUAAAAGUGUCUAUGAGUUGAGGUACUUCAACAUUGCUGAAAAUGAAACGGAAGAUGAAGAUUAAGUUUGUCAAUCAAUACUUUUUGCCAGAUGGUUUUAGUCCUUGUUUUGAACGCUCUAAGAUAUUGUAUUUGUAUUACUUGUGUUUGAACAUCUCCUAUUCUAUGAUUAAGAUAUUUAACGUUUUACUUUUUGGCGUUACCUUUUCCAUUUCACUUCCUUUGUGAACUACUCCCUUUGUCCCAAAUUAUAAUGUCUGUUCACUAUUUAUAGGGUCAAACUUUAUUUACUUUUUUUCUCUAUUUUUGUUGGUAAUUUGAUAAAAUAAAAUAUUAUUGUCACU